AUGCCUAAACCCACCAACCAAACAUACCCUGUGUUCUUAUUGGUGUUUCUCUUCUUCUCCGACACAAAGACGAGAUUUAGAGUAGCUCUCAUCGUCCUUGCCGAGGUUGCUUUCAUGGCGGCUCUUGCUAUUAUGGUCCUUACUCUUGCCCAUACUUGGAAGCUUCGAUCUGCCAUUGUUGGUAGCAUUGUAGUGGUGUGUAGCAUUCUCAUGUAUGCUUCUCCAUUGGCAAUCAUGAAAUUGGUGAUCACCACAAAGAGUGUUGAAUACAUGCCGCUUUCCAUUUCACUCUGCUUCUUUGCGAAUGGUCUUUGCUGGACUGUCUAUGCCUUUAUUCAAUUUGACCCCUAUAUACUGUGUCAAGCGGGUGGACUUGGGUUUAACUGCUAUAUCCUCGGUUACUAUUUGGACUAG